AUGGAUUACUUUGCCUACUCGCCUUUCUGGGACUCUCGCUCAAACAACAAUGUGCUUCGUACCCAAAGGCGGAUAGAAAAUCCGACUUAUGGACAUGCUGAAGAGAAAAUCGAGCUGAACGCGUUCAUGUCCGGCUUUGAGUACAUUGUAGCCCAUUCACAACCCCCAAAUCUGUUUGUGAUUCAUCGCCGUGAUGUCGAGUCAUCAGGCAAGAGAGACCAUGUCACCGGAGCUUGGUUCAUUCUACAGGAAAAGAUAUAUCAAUGUCCUUCUCUGUACGAUGUCAUGUCCGCGAGGCUUAAAAAUGCGACAAGCCUUAUUUCCAAGACGAUGCGAACCCUUUCCGACAACAGACCCCCCGCCAACCCCCGAACCACGACACUAUGGCGGUCCCUCCCUCCCUCCACCUCCAAGCCCGGUCCAUCCUCCAAUCAAUCGCCUGUCGUUGAAAGUGACCACGCGGAAGCCCCAGCCGACUCUCCAAAAGAGCUUGAUCUUGGAGAAAAACCCGCGGGCAAGACCAAGGAACAAGUGCAAGAACCUGAUUGGCACCUUUUCUAUGCUCUACAAUCUACCCGCGCAUCACUCGCCUCUUUGACAGCCAUGUCCAGAGCCCCCGGGAAAAAGCUCGAUCCAAAAGAAGAACUGAAGAGUAUAGAAGCUGCUAUAACUCAGCAGUUCGGGGGAGGUGGGGGGCAGGAGAGUGUGAACGGGAGAUCGGUGGUGCCCAGAGUAGCAGGGGCGAGCGGGGCGGGGUCGGUGAAGGGUUCGGGAGUGCCCAAGGCUGGGAGUCUUCUUGGUGCGCCCACACCGCAGGGGGGGUGGCUAGGAGCAACGCCAGGCCAAGGGACAGGAUCGCCAGCGGCUUUAUCGCACGGCGUGACGCCAGAUAUUACGGGAUCGCCUGCGAAGUUCUUGAACGAAAAGCUCGUCAGCCAACAUGGCGUGAAUGGACAGCCGCCCCUCGCUGGCGCAUCGUAUACCGGUACACAAUAA